ACCAAAUUUCAAAACGACACAAAAACUUUCCAGUAUUUUCCCUGAUUUGAGCACCACUUGAUUGGACUCUUCAUAAGCCCUGAGACUCAAGGCGUGUAUUCCGAAAUGUUUGGACUCUCGUGUUUGACUUUCAAAUAAUAAGUAAAGCAUGGAGCGGCAAGGCCAGCAAGAAAUUCAAAGAGAAUUUGAAAACAUUGUUAAAGUCGAAGAGAUCUCGAGUACGACUGGUAGUAAAUGUUUACAGUGCAAAAAGCUGGCCAAAAUUGCUCUCAGGGAAAAAAGAAGAGCAGAUACGUCUGAAGCCCAAAAUGAGGAAAUACAAGCAAUAAAUGAACGUUUGCAAUUGGAGAUCCGGGAUAUCCAAAAUGGGAUGGAGAACUUGCAGAAACAAAACAACGAACUUACUUUAAAGAAUGAAGGUCUCGCAGACGAUGUUAAAAGGAUCUCCAGCAGCCUGACGUUCACUACAAAAAAGCUCAAUCAAUCGAGAGCAGAGUUUAGUCGGUUGAACCAAAAAAUUUUAUUAUUAAAAUAUGAAUUAUCUCAGGCCAAAAAACCUGACUCUGAUGCUGAGAUUGUGGAAGUCACACAUCAUGGAAGUCCACCAAAUCAUCAAAGGGCAAAAGCGGCGCAGAGUUUGCUGCAGUGUCCAGAAUGCUUUAAAACGUUCAAAAGGGCUUGUGGCCUUGGCAGCCAUCGUCGGAUCCACAGAAAAUAAAUGCCAUGUAUUUGGACAUUGACAUCGUGUGUAUACGUGUUCGCGUGUGUGCUACAAAAGUUCCUGUAAUAUCCGUGAAGUGGAUUGAAAUUUUAAUUUUGGAUCAAACUUUUAAUUUUAUUACCUCGUCCCAUACACGCUAUCCUACUCUUUUUUUAUUUACUUCAUAUAUUGCAAACACCUAACUUUAUUCGAAUGAUUAAAACAGAGCACCAAUAAAUAUAUUUUUCGUGCAUCGUAUAAAUCACGCCUCUUCUCCUAAUGGAAAAACACUUUUAACAUCUAGCAGUAGACGAAAUUUGAAACCCAACGCAUUGAAACGAAUGUACUCAAACUUUAAUUCUAUCUAUUGAAUGGCUCCCCAUGCCCAAUAAUUUAGUGCUUGUGAUGUCAAUGUUUCCCCAUUGUUGGAGAAAUUGUGUGGUAAAUUUGAUUUUAUUAUCUCCAGGGAGACAUUUCUCUCAUGGGAUCCUUCCAUAAGCAAAGAAAAUGUUUUCCUAAACAAAAAUAAUCAAGAAGAUUUUAAAUCAAAGUUGUGCUGAACAAAAAACUUAUUUUGUAUGUUUGUAAAUUUGUAUGUUUGCUGGUUUUAAUCGUUAAUAAUUCAUUGGCCGUUUAUAUUCACCUAUGUUCUCAACUACAAUGAAACACCUCUUAAAGUCUUACCAUAAAUUAUGGCCAUCUUGAAUUUUACGGUAAUUUCAGGCUUAAUAAUAUUUAUUAAGUUUCUAAGUGACUUUAUAUUAUAUUACAGAACUCAAUCUAAUUUUGAGUC